AUGGCCUACGUAAAUCGAUUCAUUCAAAGGAAGAAGCUUAAACGCGAGGUCGUCAUUUCGGCUAAUGAACUGAAGUUGUCGUUUCUUAGGAUGGUCCAAAUAUUUCAAAAGGCGGAGUUCAGUUCAGAAUACGUCAAGUUCGUCGGGAGGAGAGGGCUGCCGGAGAAAGUGUACAGCGACAACGCCACGAAUUUCGUCGGAGCGUGCAACGUGCUGAAGGAGCUCAGCGAAGCGUUUCACCGCAGUCGGGACGAGCUGAGCGGAUACGCGGCUCAGAGAGUGGUGUUUCAUACCGCCGAGGUUCGGAGGACUCUCACGGCGGACGAGUUGAGCACCCACCUGGUCGAGGUAGAGGCGCUGCUCAAUUCGCGUCCAAUCGCGUCGCCGGGCAACGAUCCCAACGAUGGAGAGGCCCUAACACCAGGACACCUACUAAUCGGGCAGCCUCUGAUCACGCUGCCGCAAGAAUCCGGCACAGGAGGAGUGUGCAGCAAGGCCAGUUGCGCAUAUUUGAAGCGGUGGCGAAUGCUGUCCGCUCUCAAGCAGCAGUUUUGGGACAGCUGGUCCAAGGAUUACAUCGCCAGCCUGCAGCAGCGCAACAAAUGGAGCGUCGGAUGCCGCGAUCUGGAGGUCGGUUGCCUGGUGGGCGUCCACGAGGACAACGUGCCCCCGCAGCGGUGGCUAACAGGCCGCGUGGUGGCAACAACAGCAGGCGAGGACGGUAGAGUGCGCGUGGCGGAAAUUCGGACGUCAGGAGGCGUCAUCAAGCGCGCCAUCCACAAGCUGGCAUUGCUGCCAGUGGAUACUGCUCCUGUUGAGAAGAUGAAAGAGCCGGAGGCCUUUAACGGGGCCGGAAUGUCGGAGCAGUAA